CGAUGAGCAUAUACAAGGCGGCGCGGCGCAUCAAGCGGCGGGAGAGCACCCUGUACAACGCGCUGCGGAGCGUGGCGGACGACGCGGCGUUCGUGGCCGAGAUCGCGGCGCUGUGGCCGGCGCUGCCGCUGGUCGCCAACCUCCGCUGCGGCCUCUGGUACACGCAGCCGCGCGCCCUCGCCGCCACCUGCUACUUCAAGUCCACCGACGGCCACGCCGGCAACUGGGGCUUCUCCACCGCCCGCCUCAAUCUCCACCUCGCCCUCCUCGCCGGGGAAAGAGGAGGAUGCAUAAUAGUCGAUUCAACAAGGAAAGGGAAGCGAUUUCCUGAUAGUAUGUCAAAAACCAUACCGAUUUGGUGUUGUGUCCUGAACCGAGCCAUUCAGAGGCAUCGGCUGCGAGCUAUCAACCAAGGUAGCGGAUUGAAUUCGGCAAUGUCAGUUGCUGUACCAAAAGGGAAUGAGGAAAAGUACUCCGGUUCAUCAAACUGGGAUAGCUCAGUUCAUCUUCCUGUGUGGGUUCUUGGUACCGAGAAAAAUGCUAUAGAGGGGCGUAUUGAAGAAUGGGCAGACCAAUUUGAAUUGUGCGGUGCAGACAUUCAUUCUCUUUCAUUAGGUUUGCAGAAACCACUACGCCCACUAUGGAUAUCACAAAGUACACGCAUUUGGUUAAAUGAAGUUCCCGAGCAUGGGUUAUGGGAAUUCACUCCCAUCAUAUUAGUUUCAGCAUCUGCAUCAGGUACAGUACCUACACAAAGGAUGUCUUCAGAGUACAGCUGGCGCUAUAUUCCAGGCGCAGGAGAUGAUGAAGAGAGUUGGGCACGUGGCCUAACUCCUGCGUUAUUUUGGAAGCAUUCUUAUGAUCUACUUGAUGGUGGACCAGAUCUGUGUAAUCAGUUAGUUGCUGAUAUUGUUGAAAAGGAUAGGGUUUAUCGUGCACAGAGAGGUGAAUAUUCUCCCCAAAUUACAGUGAAGCAUCUAAAGUCCUCGAGCCAUAAUGAUCCUUAUUGUCAUGGAGAUCAUACCACAAUCACACAAUCUAUGAACCCAGACCCUUCAGCAAUUGCUCCAACAAAUGCACAAUAUUCCAGUGAUGGUCAUAUUGUCUUCUGGAUUGGGGCAUCAAACCUUGCAGUAUCAUCUACCAGGCAAGUUGCAGAUGGCUUGCCUGAUGUGGACUGCAUACUGAACUGUGAUAGCACAUCAAGAUCGCCUUGUGGUUCAUCAGAAAAUUCUUACCUCGAGCUACCUAUUGUGGGUUCCAAGGAUGACAGGUUUUCUUUGUUGAAAAAUCUCCCAAGAGCAAUUAACUUUGCAAAGAAAAAAUUGACCGCAGAUGGAAAAAUGCUACUGUGCUGUCAAACUGGUGAAGAUAUAAGCAUUUGUGUGGCUUUGGCAAUAAUAACAAGGUUAUUCAAUGAUAGCGGAUGCUUUGACUGUGGUGAUUCUUUUGCGAAAAGAGACAUUACAAAGUUGGAGAUGAGGAAGAGACUAGUAUUCAUUUGCAAGUAUGCUGUCAAUGCGCGGCCAUCAAGAGGGAACUUAAGACAGGUCUAUAGUUUCCUUUGCAACGAAAAGGAGCAACUAUCUUGCUAGUCGUGGUCAUAAGCUAUUUGCAUGCCCUGCAAAAUGCACCCGAUGAGGUAUUCCAUUCUCAUCAUUUGCCACAGGGAACUGAUAUGGCUUAUCAGUAUCACUGUUGAUUGGCUAGUGCAUCAAGAAUUAAUGAUCCCAGGUUGUCUCGGACAACACCAUGGAGAUGGCCUCAUAGUGAUCAGCAUUUAUUCAGGUCAAUGUAAAUCAAUAUGCACUGGCGUGGCAAAUACAGGGUAAACCCGCUUUGGUAUCAGAGUUCAGCAAGAGAUAAUACUGAUUGAAGAUUUGAGAUUUAAUAGUGAACAGAAAGGAGGAACUAACUAUUGUAGAUUUCUCCUGUUGGUACCUGGUGGUAAUUGGAGCCUCUGUUUUGACAAUUUGAUAUUCUAUUUGUAUCAGCACCUAGUGUUAUCAUUUUUUGUUUGCUACUUGGGCACUUUGUUACUGAGGA